AUGGCAGAGGCGGCGGUGAGCUUGUGGUGUCGAGAAGGAAACCUUGGGUCUCUGGAGAAGGCAAUUCCAAAGCAAAUGUUGGAGUGUCAAGCUGUGAAGCUUGUAGUAAGAUUUGGAUUGACCUUUCUUCACGUUUUCUUAGUCUCUCCAUAUUUGAAGCAUCCAAUCAGGCAUAAACCACAGAAUCUGCUUGCUUUCAUGUAUUUGUGGUUGUGGUGGAGUACUCGUAUUCUUGUUGAAGCAGCAAAUGACAGUUUAAAUCCUGGUGAUACACUGAAUUACACAGGAAGACUGUUUUCAAAAAAGGGCACAUAUUGUCUAGUUUUUACUCCGUUUGCUGGUAGUGAGAACAUAUACUUGGUUGUACUGUCUUCAAAUGGAAAUGGUGAAGUUUGGAUGAAAAACCAACCUGUUGACCAGGACUCAGCAGUUUUGUCACUUAACCGCUCAGGGGUGCUGACAAUUCAAUCUCAACGUGGGAAGCCAAUAAUCUUGUAUUCUCCACCAAAAGCUAUCUACAACACUAAGGCCACCUUGUUGGACACAGGCAACUUUGUGCUUCAACAACUUCGCCCUAAUGGAACAAACACUCUCUUGUGGCAGAGUUUUGAUUAUCCCAGUGAUACUUUGCUCCCCACCCAGAAGUUAGGUGUUAAUCACAAAACAGGCCAUCGUUGGUUAGUGGCUUCAGGGUUUACCAAUGCACUUCCCCCUCCCGGCGCCUUUAGCCUUGAAUGGGAACACGUUGAACAAGAAUUGAUCAUAAGGAGAUGGGGAAAAUUUUGUUGGCGAAGUGGGAAACUAAAGAACAAUAGAUUUGAGUACAUUUCAGAGGAUGCGCAACGCAGGUUGAAGUACACCCUUGUGUCUAACGGGGACGAAAACUCCUUCUCUUUCACAACUACAAAAAAUGAAGCCCCUGUUCGUGUAGAAAUCAAACUGGGAGGUAUACAUAAGUGGACGUUAUCAAAUAUUGGGCAGAUAUUUGAUGGUGAAGUAUAUGUUGCAAGGGCUGAUUUGUGUUAUGGAUAUAACAACACUGACGGAGGUUGCCAAAGAUGGCAGGAUAUACCCAAGUGCAAGAAUCCUGGUGAUGUAUUUCAGAAACAUACUGGUUCCGUCAGUUUUAAGAAUUUAAGCGCUGAAGAAAAUAUAAGUUAUGUUCACAGUGAUUGUGAGGCCAGUUGCUGGAGCAAUUGUGCUUGCAGUGGAUUCAUGGAAUUAUACUCAAAUGGAACUGGAUGUAUGUUCUUUCACAUGAUUUCAGCAGAAAAUUAUACUUCUGACAGUACAGGUUACGACUUUUACUUGCUGGCGAACACGUUGUCUCUUCAUAAGGGUACAAAAAAGUGGACAUGGAUAGUUGCAGUAGCAGCAACAACUCUACUUGUAAUUUGUCUAUUGACUAUUUGCCUAGCCUUAAAGAAGCGAAAAUAUGUGUUUCAAGAGAAGAAAAGUCAAAGGAUGGUGACGAAGAUGGCAGACUUGGCAACUUGUUGUCGGUCAUCUACAAUGGAAGAUUUUGAAGAUGAUUUAAAAAAGGGACACGGCCUAACAGUGUUUAAUUAUACAUCAGUUAUGGAAGCAACAAACGGAUUUUCAUCGGAGAAUAAGUUAGGACAAGGAGGCUUUGGACCUGUUUAUAGGGGCCUUCUUCCAACAGGGCAACAGAUUGCUGUAAAAAGACUUUCAAAAACUUCUGGACAAGGAAUUGUGGAGUUUAAAAAUGAACUAACACUAAUAUGUGAACUUCAACACAUGAAUCUUGUACAACUACUUGGUUGUUGCAUUUAUGAAGAAGAGAAGAUUCUAAUUUACGAGUACAUGCUUAAUAAAAGUUUGGAUUUCUAUCUAUUCGAUGGUACAAGAGGCAAAUUACUCGAUUGGAAGAAGCGCUUCAAAAUAAUAGAAGGAAUUUCUCAAGGAUUACUUUAUCUUCACAAGUAUUCAAGACUCAGAGUCAUUCACAGAGACAUGAAAGCUAGCAACAUUCUUUUAGAUGAAAACAUGAAUCCAAAAAUUUCAGAUUUUGGAAUGGCGAGAAUAUUCACACAACAUGAAUCAGCCUCAAAUACCAACAGAAUUAUUGGAACACAUGGUUACAUGUCUCCAGAUUAUAUGAUGGAAGGAGCUUUCUCUACAAAGUCUGAUGUGUAUAGUUUUGGAGUGUUGUUACUUGAAAUUGUUAGUGGAAGAAGAAGCCUUGGUUGCUAUGAUGUUGAUCGGCCAUUAAAUCUAAUAGGACAUACAUGGGAGUUAUGGAAAGAAGGUGCAUGUUCAGAGUUAGUUGAUCCAUCAAUAAAGGAGUCAAUUGAUCCUGAUGAAGUACAAAGAUGCAUUCAUAUUGGUCUACUGUGUGUAGAACAUUAUGCAGAUGAUCGACCCAGCAUGUCUGAUAUUGUAUCAAUGUUGACAAACAAAAGUGCAAUAGCUUCCUUACCUCAAACACUAGCAUUCUAUGUUGGAAGAAAGAUCCUUCAUGAUAAUUUAUCUUCAAAAGGGUCUUAUACUGAUUCUGCAGUAGAAAUUACAGCUUCUACAAUAGACAUGACUGAUUCCUAA